AUGGAACAAACUACCAUACAUCAACCAUCUACUUCUCCUGUACCUUUUCCUGACUUACAAGUUCUGCAUCUGCAUCCUCAUCCUCAUAACAAUCAACAAUCUCAUCCAUUUCUUCAACCUCCAGAACCAACCAUAUCAAAUCAUUCAUCAACUUCUGAUUUAACUUUAACUACUGCAUCAAUCUCAGGUAGAAAAGCUGCUCGUUCUCUUCGAUUGUUUAGAAAUGUACCUAAUGUAAAUGAAGAACUUCCUCAUUUAUCAUCCUUGGAUAUUUCUGAAGAUAGUGAUAUUGUUCAUGAAAAUUCCCAUACUACAUCUCCUAUCAAUACUACUGUAAACAUUAAUACAGCAAAUAUACCAACUACUACCACUAUCAGUCCUUUAAAUACAAUCACAACGCCAUCAAACAUACCUUAUACAGAUAAAAUAAUAGAUCAUCAACCUAUAGAUUUAGAACCAGUUUCUUCUGCAACUUAUUUUCCUCAUACUCCUGCCGAUCAAAAAUCGAAUGAUAUUUUCGAUCCUUUACUUAGUCCAACCAAUUCACAGCAUUCAAGUCAUUUUCAUGAUCCACUUUCAUCAACUCAUAGUCAUCAACAUCCUCAUCAUAAACCACAUCAUCGUGCUUCUAUCCCUCAUACUCAGCAUUUAACUGCAAAUGUGGAAUUUGAUCAUUCUUCAAAUGGUGAUAUUACUAAUAUUCUUAAUAAUGAAAGCACUACUACCAAUAUAACCACAACUACUUCUUCAACUACAUCCAGUAGAAAAACUACUGUUAAAACUUUUAAUGAACUUGAAGGUCGACAACCAGUUAAGAAAAGUAUAGUAGAAAUUGAAAAGACAAUCGUUAGCUUUUCAAGAUCUUCAUCACCUGUGUUGGAGAUAAACCAUCAUUCAGACGAAAAACUUGAAGAAGAAAUUCCAAAAAACAUUUCUCAACCAUCUCAAUCUCAACUUCAUUCACCUCAAUUGAAUGAAUCAUUUCCAUUAGCGGUGGAAUUAAGACCAUUCAAAAAUAAAGUUGGAGGUCAUACUGCUAUUUUCAGUUUUUCAAAACGUGCUGUUUGUAAAGCUUUAAUGAAUAGAGAAAAUUUGUUUUAUGAAACUGUUGAAUUAAGACAUCCUGAAUUAUUAAAUUUCAUGCCUAAAUAUAUUGGAGUUUUAAAUGUCAGAUAUUCGAGUUUAAUCAAUGAAAAUGAAAAUGACAUUGAAAAUGAUACCGAGAUUAAUAAUGAAAAUGUUGAUAUUGUAGAUCAAUUAACAGCUGUAAAUACCAUUAAUAAUGAAAGUUCUGAUCCAAAGAAUACUACUCACGUUCCAACAUUAAAGAAGGUAAAAUCAAUUUCAAAAUGCCAUUCUAAAGGCAUAGAUAUUCGCGGUCAUCACCAUCAUCAUUCCAUAGCUGAUAUUGAUGAUGCAGAAGAAUUACCAGAAGUUGUGUUGGAUGAUAAUAAGCAUAUAAUUCCGGAUUCCUUAUGGCAUCAAUACUCCAAUUCAAUACCUUCUUCAGUUCCAGAUUCAUUUGUAAAUAGACAAAAUGGUUUAAAUGAUGCUAUAAGUAAUAGUUUCCAUAAUAGUCUUCAUAAUGGUUCAGUAUCUUCAUCUAUUAACUCUCCUAGAUUAAACGGUAAUGUUAAUAAUAUUGGUUCUACUACUAUUAAUACUGAUUUACAAGUUCAAGUUUUACAAGAAGUCUUUCAACCUACCCUUAAAUUACAUAGUAGUACUGGUUUAAAUAAUAGUGUUACUGCUAUUAAUCCAAAUGAUGAGAUCUUUGCUAUGGAUGAUGAUGAAAGUAAACAGUUUCUGGAUUUUUCAGUUGUAUCUUCACCAAGUUUACAACCUAUCGCCAAUAACAACAACAGUAUCAGUGAAAAUACAGAAGCUACAAGCAGUAACAGUAGCAAUAAUAAUAAUAAUGAAUUAUCAUCAUCAAUUACGGCAGGACCAGUAUUAAGAAAACAUACCAGAUUUGAAAGAUUUAUAUUAUUAGAAGAUUUAACUACCAAUAUGCAAAAGCCAUGUGUGUUGGAUUUAAAAAUGGGUACGAGACAAUAUGGGAUUGAAGCCAGUGAAUCAAAACAAAAAUCUCAACGUCGGAAAUGUUUAUCAACUACAUCGAGAAAAUUAGGUGUUAGAGUUUGUGGAUUACAAAUUUUUAAACGCGGUGGUGGUCAUUUAGUUAAGGAUAAAUAUUUUGGGAGAAGAAUUAGGAUUGGAAUUCAAUUUUGUAAAAUAUUAUCUAAAUUCUUAUACAAUGGUAACGAUAACUAUUCCAUCUUGAGUAAAAUCCCACCUUUGAUUGAUCAAUUAGAAGAGUUAUAUUCCAUAUUUUCAAAAUUAAUUGGUUAUAGAAUGUAUGGAUCUUCAAUUUUAUUAAUGUAUGAUGGUGUUGGUGAUGCUAAUGAUACUAUCAAAGUUCGUAUCAUUGAUUUUGCUCAAUCAGAUAUCUCGGAUCAAGAUGAAAAUAUUAAUGCCAGUAUUCCACCAUAUCAUCCUAGUUUACCCGAUUUAGGUUAUUUAAGAGGUUUAACUUCAUUAAUUGCCUAUUUCAAAUUGAUAUUUAAAAUUGUAAGUCAAGGUUUUGAAUAUAUUGAUUCAAAUCAAGCAUUUAAAGUCUUACAAGAUCAUAAAUCUCAAUUCAGUGGACAAAAUGAAUGGCUUGAUAGUUAUGCUGAAAAUGAAGAUGAUGAAGAUGAAGAAGAUAAUGAUCAAGAUCCAUUCAAUAUCACAUAUCCAACUUAUCUUUAUGAAGAUGAUGAAGGUAUUUCAGAAUAG